CGGAUUAUUUUGGGACAGUGUAAAUACCGCAAAUGCCACCAAAGUGCAGCGUAAACAAAUGAAAUGAUGAGAGCAGUGAGGAGGCUUUAUUCUGUCACGCACAAUCUCGUCUCCCUUUUCUUCUCCGCCUACCUCCCACUAGCUCUCAAGAUCUUUUUACUCGCCUUAAUCCUCCUUUUCACCGCCGGCGAACGCGCAACCGCCGCCCACACCUUCAGCGCCGCCAUCAAGGAGCGGACUUCCCGGUUUGUCUACACCAAUAAAAACAAGGUCAAGCGAUUCUUUUCCCGCGGCCCGGGCAGUUCUACCCCGGCCCAGCAGCCCCGACCGCCGCCGGAGUGCGCGAUCUGCUUGGAGGAUUUCGUGGAGGGAGAGGCGGGGACGGAGCUGGAGAGGUGCGGGCACAAGUUCCACGCGAGCUGCGUCGGGAGGUGGCUGCUGCGGUGCGGGAAUUGGCGCGUGAGCUGCCCGCUCUGCCGCGUCCCGGUGGUGUGCGAAAACGUCGCCGCCGUCAUGGAAGAGCGUCACAGGCUAGAGAAGAGGGAAGGACCCGGCUGCCGGCGGCGCGUGGUUAGUACGGCCAUGGAGGGAGAGUUGUGCCUUCUGUUGCUUCCAGGCUUGAAUUUUCAGUCAUUCCAUUAUAUUGUUGGACAGAUUAAUAAUUCUAGUAUACUAUAGUCUAGAAUCUUUAGUUUAUUUAAAAGAUUAUUUAACAAUAAUAAUGUAUAAUAAUU